GGAGUUCUUGUCCAGAACAGAACCAUACCGCCAAUACAAACUCUAUGCAUUAUCUAUCAUAUUUGACGAUAGUGGUCCUGACAGAAAUGGUAUAAAAACAGAGAAAAAAAACCUUUUCAUUUUCCAUUAAUGACUACUGUUUUUAUUGAAGAACAUAUUCUGGAAUACAUAACAUAUAUUAUAAUAUAUUAAAUAAAUUACCACACAUUAAUUCAUUUAACAUAUCAAUGAAAAGUUUGAAAGCAGGUAGUUUUGACAUAAUUACAGUAGAAAUACUGGAAAUAUCUUGCCGUACAUAGAGAAUAUUGUCUUGUACAAUGAGAGGCGUUCAAGUAAAAAAGGUUGAACUAGAGUCAAGGGUGAAGUCAAAUUUCAGGGGUUUUGUACAAAGUUAGAUUUAAAAUGUUCAUGUUUAAUUAAAAAGAGUCUGUUUUGAAUCACACAAACAGGUAAUAUCACCAGAUCUAACAUGUAGUCAUAUUUAAACACAACACAUGCCAGCUCAUAUGACCUGUCAUGUCUCUGCUCGGCUAACAGUUACUGUCAUGGUUUAGGUUUGAAGUUUCGCUUUCAGUUUUGCAAAUGGUGGAGCGAACCUGAAUUUGCAUGACAUGGCAGCAUAACAGUGAUGCAGCAGUAUUUGUGAAGGGGUCUCUGAGAAACGCCAACGAGUGCAUACACAGUGCAUACACUUAUCUUACUUUGGACAUGUCAAACGAAUCCUGCAAAGAGCAAGUUACUAGUAAGAGCAUGCAGCUCAGUGAGGAGCAGCUGCAUCAGAUAGAGCAGAACAGACGCGCCGCACUUGAACGACUGGCCAGCCGAAACGUACCUGUACCUGUUGGUGAAAGCUGGCGAAGACAAAUUGGGACUGAAUUUACAAAACCUUAUUUUACAAAACUAAUGUCUUUUGUUACAAUGGAGAGGAAAUGCUUUACUGUCUAUCCCAGCCCUGAGCAGGUGUUUUAUUGCACAACUUUGUGUGCAAUUGAAGAUGUAAAAGUGGUCAUUCUUGGGCAAGACCCCUAUCACCAUCCAGGUCAAGCCCAUGGUUUGGCCUUCAGUGUGCUGAGGCCUAAACCUCCUCCUCCUAGUUUGGAAAACAUAUUUACGGAGCUGACAGAAGAUAUUGUUGGCUUCCAGCAUCCAGGUCAUGGAGACCUUACAGAAUGGGCUAAACAGGGUGUUCUGCUGCUGAAUUCUGUGUUGACAGUGAGGGCUCAUCAACCCACCUCUCAUGAGGGUCAAGGCUGGGAGCUCUUCACAGAUGCUGUGGUCCUGUGGCUCAGCAGGAACCUCAAUGGCCUGGUCUUUCUGCUUUGGGGCUCGUAUGCUCAGAGGAAAGGCAGAGUGAUUGACAGAAAACGUCAUCAUGUCCUUGAGACUUCACAUCCAUCACCAUACUCUGCACAUUUAGGCUUCUUUGGAUGCAGGCACUUCUCUAAAACUAACAUGCUACUUAAAGCAUCAGGAAAAAAUCUGAUUGAUUGGACAGCUCUCUGAAAUAACAUUAUACUAUAUAUUCUUUAAAAAAUAUUUUUGGUAAAACAGAGAGGCUGUGAACAUUAAAUAUUCUACAUUACAGUUAAAUGUUUUGCAUUUUAUACUGCAAUUAUGUUGCAAAUGGGUCACAACUGCCCUGUAGUGACAUUGAACUUGUAAUAAUCAUGCCAAUUGUUAUAAUGCAAAUGAUUACAUUAUUUGGACAAUAAAUGAAUGCAGUAAA